AAUACAAGUCCACAGUCUGGAAAUACAUUUGUAAAUGAUACCCCUAUUAUUUUAACAAAAUGCAAGCCUCACAAGCCAGACAAAGUUGGGCAGGAACAAAUUUUUAAAUUUUAUGGAUCUCCAGGACUGUUGAAGGAACCAAAGUGCGAUGAUACACGUCACCCAGAGAUCUGUUCAUACCAGUUAACUAAGUCGAUGGAAGAUAUUGUUUCUUGUGAUGUAAAGGUGUGUGGGUCUUCAGAAAUUCAAGUGGCUUCUGUCGAUCCACAAAUGGGAAAAGCUGUUGAUGUCUGGGAAAGAUUACCAAAGGACAACCUUACUUAUAAAGUACACAAGGCUGUAAAAACAAACCUGGAGAAAGGAUUUACUUUCUUGUUCCUUAGGUGUGGUAGUAUUUAUCAGGCCUUGAGUUUUCCUCCCAUCUUCCAGAAAAACAAAAAUGAUGAGAAUAGAGAAGCUAUUAAUAUAAAUAUUAUCAUGUUGGACUCUAUCUCAAGGCCGCACUUCCAUCGAACUAUGCCAAAAGCUACAGAGGCUUUGCGGAAGAUAAAAGAAGAUUCUACAAUCAAGGCCACCUCCCUUGACUUUGAACUUGCUCAGAGCAUUGGCCAACAGACCUUUGAAAACUUAAGACCAUUUUUCUGUGGUGUUCUGAAAGGUGCGUUGACAAAAUUGUUUUUCCUUAGCUGUGAAUUCAUUUAUAAUUGUACUGUGCUUCUUACUGUGACGGGGCUCGAAAUUAAAAAAAAACUUCCAAGUCGCCUUUUGGCGACUAUCAGAGGAAAAAUGGUCGCCAAGUGCAAAAAUGCAGUCGCCAGAUAGUACAAGAACAGAAAUCAGAUUAGAGCCUUAUUCAAUUGGCGUUGUUGUUUAGCUUCUGGUGGAUUGUGGCUGCGAUUGUGGGGUAGACCGAAAUACUCAAUCUUGAAUGACAUAAAACA